AUGAGAGAAAUUGCAUUCCCAUCACUGGCAGUUGAGCUAGUUGAGCUUGUAGCCGGCCAUCUUGACAGUGGUAGUUUACUCAAUCUACGGCUCGUCUGCUGGGACCUUCAUGACAAAACUUUCCACCAUUUUGCCCAGCGGAGCUUUGCCUCUGUUAAAUCUAACCUCUCUGAAGAAAGUCUCGCCCGCAUCAACGCGCUUGCUCAACACCAGGCUCUUCGUCCCUAUGUCCGUGGACUGGCGUUCGUGCUUCAAGAUGGUGUUGGUCGUGGACUGAAGCUGGAUCGUCACCCUUGGGGUGAACUAUGCAAUAUCUUACAAGUCAAGCCCAUUAAGCGUCUGCAGGAUAACUUGAUCAAAAACUUGACAAAUUGUCGCUCUUUCUUCAUCUUCUGUCGCUACCCCGAGGGGCAAGGUCCUGAUAUGACGCAUGUGACCAUCACUGAUGCUGUCGCGAUAUUCUUUGCAUUUGUCGUUGAUAAUACUCCUUUCCAUAUCGAAUCUUUCCACCUGAUCUACGCAAACAGACACUCUCGCACUCUGAUCAUGGACAUGCGUCGUUUGCCAAAGCUACUAUACCGCCAGCCGCAGUUCAAACGCUCGUGGUCCAGUCUUCAGAAAUUAUCCCUGGAACAGUACCUGACGCUGGACAAUUUCGGCUUCCUGCUCGAACUUGUCCUUAGUGCUCCUAACCUCCACACUCUUCUCCUAAAUAUAGGCUCUCACGACUUGGCCUGUGAGUUUAUGCAUGAACUAGCUGAAACUGCGGUUUUCUCGCAACUCCACGAAUUCGCCCUAUUUCGAACGUCGGUGAGAGCGCCGGAUCUCUUAAAGCUCCUUGGAGAUAUUCGCCCCAGUCUCAAUUCUCUCACUUUCUAUCAUGUCUCCUUGGCGCACGAUGAUAGCUGGAACUCUGUUCUUGGGGAGCUUAAUCAGGGCUUUACGUCUCUGUGUAGUUUGUCUUUGUAUUAUCUAUGGGCUGUGGCACAGACUCCGGAGGUCCUCUCUUUUCCGGAUCUUCAAAAGACUCCGAUGUUCUGUGAUGUCCCAAAUCAGGGGCUUCGCAUGUUCUAUUCGGAGACUUCAACAAGUCCGUCAAUACUUGGCAUUGAGUAUUCUGGGUCGAAGAUGUCUCAAGUACUGGGCUUGCUACAGGAUACAACCGGUUAG